AUGCCUCCUAUGAACCCCAGAAAACGGGCAGCCCCUGGAGCAACACCGGUUACGCAAACGCCUCAAAUGCAACCAACGUAUACUGCACCCAGCCAGCUCUCGAAUGGCGACUUAAUGCAAUGGAAUCAGGCUCCUGACAACUCAAACUUUCCUGAUCCAUCUGCAUUCAAUCUGAACGAUUUCGGUGCCAGCGCGGGGGUGUCGCAGCCGCAAUAUGAUCCAUCGAUUCCUGCACUCUCGACACAGUUGGCACGCCGACCGAUCAAUCGGCAACUUGUCCAAACCGCACAACGUCCACCUUUCGACAAUACUGCAGAUCCUUGGGGCCAAUUUGGAGACGAGACAAUGCUCGAUCCACAAAACGUCAACGGCGCGAUGGAAGAGAAUGAUAGUAUUGAGCUGCUCGAGGAGAGGGCUGCUAUCGCGAAGAGAGAAGCGCAAUCAAAGCGAAAGCAGAUCCCUCCGUUUGUGCAAAAGCUAAGCAGUUUCCUCGACGAAUCCAAGAAUACGGAACUGAUUCGAUGGUCAGAUCGAGGCGAUUCAUUCAUUGUGUUAGACGAAGACGAGUUUGCUAAGACCUUGAUACCCGAGUUGUUCAAGCAUAACAACUAUGCAUCUUUCGUCCGUCAGCUGAACAUGUACGGCUUCCACAAGCGGGUUGGAUUAUCAGAUAAUUCCAUGAAAGCCAGUGAGCGAAAGAACAAGAGCCCCAGCGAAUACUACAACCCAUACUUCAAGCGUGGGCAUCCCAACCUGCUCUGGCUCAUCAACAAACCGAAAGGUGGAUCUACGAAGACGACCAAGGAGAAGAGGAGACUCAAGAGUGAAGAUGGACAACAUGAUCCAGAUAGUGAUGAGGACGGAAGAGAUAUUGAGGAGACAUUCUAUGGUAACCACCAGGGAAGCCGGGCAAUCUCAGCCGCACCAGAAUCUGGACCUCUCCAGAGGAGGGAGAUAGCCGUCGUCCAGAGCCAGCUGGCCGAUAUUCAGAAGCAGCAAAAUGCUAUCUCUCAGGCAAUAGCUAGACUGCGGAAGGACCAUAACCAGCUCUACCAGCAAGCUAUUGCUUUCCAAACAUUGCACGACAGACACGAAAGCUCGAUCAAUGCCAUCCUCACCUUCCUUGCCACUGUCUACAACCGGAGUCUCGAUGGACAGGGCCCGCAGAAUUUCGCACAGAUGUUCUCUAAUGGCAUCCCCCAAGACCAGCAGCAUCAGAACCAAGGAAACGUCGUCGAUAUUGGAGACCUUGCAAAUCGACAGGAGCCAAACCCCGGCAGCCUAAGCCCUGGUCGCAGACAACAACGUCUCUUGAUGGCACCACCAAUUCCAGGCCUGGCGAGCAGAUCAUCGUCUGUAGUAUCUAACCCCCCACCAUCCCGGAACCAGUCAAAAAUGCACGUCCCCGGAUCAGUCGAAGAGCUUUUCGAGCCUACGUCUGAGUCUCCGCGUGUCAAGCCUGAACAAGACCAGCAAGGUAUGAUGAACCUGAUCAACAAUACCAAUGCACGAAGCGGCGGCGAGAACAAAGGCAUGAAAUUCCCGGAGAUGCUCUCACACUACGAAAACUCCAACGGCAACUCGCCCCUCACUCCCGAUCAACGCAGCACGAUGCUCAACAUGAUCGCGACUCAAGCGUCGACUCCCGGAAGCAACAAUGCACUCGUCUCCCCCACGCCACCAGAACCACCCAGCCUCGAAGCCUUGGGCUACACGCAAGCCGAGAUCGAAGAUCUCCUCCGCAUGCAAUCGACGCAAGAUGCGCGUAUCCAAGAAGUGCGCAACUCGGUCAACUCGGUGGCUCCCUUCUCACCGACCAGCAACCUCGCCAACCUCAACGAAAGCAGCUACUUCAACGGAACCGACACGACGGACCCCAACGCCGCCAGCCUCAACCUCGACCAAUUCCUCGACACCGAAGCCUUCUACAACGGCAGCAGUCCCAACGGCGGCAACGCCGGCUUCUACGACGGCUACGGCGAUAGCCAAUUCGAUCUCGGCAUGGAUGGCGCUAAUGACACCAACCCCGCGCGCAUCAUCGAAACGUCUAAUUCCAGCGAAGUCAACUCACCGGAGAAAGAAGCCGACGACACAACUACUGCUACUGCUGCUGCUGGUGGUGCUUCCACGGUCCCGAAAAGCAGCGCAACACGAAGUCCGAGUAAAAAGAGACGAAAGAACUAA